AUGAAUGCUGCUUCAUUCCCGCCCGUGACAGGUGCUCAUGUCUUGAACUGCUCGUUCUCAUCAUGGUACUCACUCUAUAAGCCACUCACUCCAAAAUCGCGAGUUAUCAAACCUCUUCCAAAAGAAUUCCUGCAAUACCUGGAUGCAGAUGGCAUCCAUUUACCAGGCCGAGACGAUGCCGAGGGCGAUGAGAGCGAUGCAUCAAGCAAUGCAUCCUUCAGUACUGCAUCUGAUGCCGGUGAUCCAUCUACCUCCUUCCCGUCUUUAGAUGCUCAAAUACGGACAACAAUUGCCGAGCUUGAUGGCGCAGUUCUGCCAAAGCUCAAUUGGUCAUCACCCCAGGACGCAACAUGGAUAUCAGCUGACAACACUAUGAAGUGCACUUCUGCAUCAGAUGUCUACAUUAUGUUGAAGAGCUCGGACUUUAUCAACCAUGAUCUAGAUCACCCUUUCGAUGACUGUGACAAGAAGGAGGGCUUGCCGUUUGAGUACGAACUUGUGCUGCGAAAGUGGUUUGAGAUAGUCCCAAGCAUGGAGUUUCGAUGUUUCGUCCGGUCGCGGACCUUGCUAGGGAUCUCUCAACGUGAUUCAAACCACUACGAUUUCCUUGCCAACAUUGAAAUACAGCUGACCGAGCUCAUAGAGUCUUUCUUUGAAGAAAAAUUGAAGAAAACUUUCCCUGAUCCGGACUUCGUGUUCGAUGUCUACGUCACACAAUCUUUAGAGCGUGUCUGGUUGAUUGACAUCAAUGCAUUCUCGCCAAGUACAGACACAUUAUUGUUCACCUGGCCAGAGAUAUUGGAUAUGCCGCACGGUGAUGGCGAUGAGGAGGCCGAGGAGAUUGAUUUCAGACUGGUCCACAAAGGGGACAAUGUUGGUACAUUCAAUGCACCGGCAUACUCUGCACAUCGCGUACCAAAAGACGUUGUUGAUGCAAGUUCUGGGGCAGAUAUUGCGGAGUUUGCAGAGAAGUGGAGAAAGCUUGUCGCUGAAAGCGCUAUUGGACACUGUGACGAGAGUCAUGAAGGUAGAGCAGCCCAAGUGGAGUUUGACUUCGACUCUCACUAA